AUGGAAGUUGCGGUAAAAGAGGUUUUAAAGCCGCAAAGGUCCAUAAGGAAUAGGCUCCAUUCGAUCGACUGGGAUUCUUGUUGGGUGAGAGAGGUCCACGAGAGCUAUGCAAGGCCCUUGGUCCCCAACGAGAGGUGUGGACUGUGGUAUGUUGAUCCACACGAUGUUGUGGACACCGCGUACUUCAAGUCGACGGACGGACAUACGAACGAAUGGUCGUUCAGUACAAGACGUCUGAACUUCCACCUCCUGCCCUUGAUCAACUCUCAUAAUGGCAUCAUUCUCGUUGACUCUACGAGAAGAGGGAAGACCAUCCCGGAUGCGCUGUCCAAGACAGUGCCGCUAUGGUGUGCCACGUUGAACUACAUCAUGAACCCUCAACAUGGCACGAAAUCAAACAACUGGCUCUUCACACCAGGCCAGUUCGUGUCAAGGAACGAGGCCCAUUCAAUGGCGAACCUCAUUCCUCAGUUUGCUGAAAGAGUGCUUGAGUUGGGACUGACAUCUCCAGAGGAGUUGAAGCAGAAGCUCGGCGGCAAAUAUCUGAGACCACUAUGGGUAUAUCCAGGCCAGAUGUUGCCACUGGAACAAGUGGGAGAGUACGAAGACUUCCACCCUGUGAUAUGUUGUGUUGCUAGUCAACGCGCAGACGAUGGUAUGAAGAAAAUGAAUGGAUACGUCUAUGUCCAAGGAGCAGCUGAUGAUCAUGAACUCUGGGCUGGAAACUUGACUUCCCAGUCCUUUUGGAAGAAUAGGGAGAAGCUGUUGGAUAAAUCGCUGAAUGACGGGGAAAUUUUAGACUUGACGAGGACCUUGGUAGACGAGAACACACCAGGAGACUGCUCGGUACAAGACGUUGUGGUGUUAACAAGCGGUAUCAGUAUCGGCCAAAUAACACAUAAUGCUGAUAAUUUUGAUAAGCAGUUUGAUACAGUACUUCUUUUGAGCGAGAAGUACACCUCCCCUGAUCCCCGUGUAAUCCACUUCCCAUUGUCGUGUUCUAAGAAGGGCUCCAAUGAACUUAGGAAGCACCUUCCUCAGAUACUCUCGCUACAGUACAAUUCUAUACUUAUACUAUGUGAAUCGGGUACUGAUCUCUCCCCUGGUGUGGCAUUAGCACUGCUGGCGACUCGAUACAACCUACAAUGGGAACUUGAACCGAAUUUAUUGGUCACCAAGGACGUCGUCAAGAAGCAUCUCGCAAAGAUAUCAAGUAUUAAGAAGGUUAACCCCAGCAGGGCAACGCUACAGGCCAUCAAUACGUGUAUAAUGUGA